GCUAGUCUGGCAACGCUGCUCGCCAAAACAAAAGCGAGAAUGGAAAUAAACUUAUAUGAAAUCAACCACAUUCCGUGACUAACUGCCGUCUAUUGAGUGACUAAUAAUUCGUUGGCCUUCUAAUCCGGAGGAGGAUGCCCCGGCACACGGAGGCGUGCCCCGGAAGCGGAGGAGCUGCAACUGGCGGCGUAGGCGGUGCCCCCGAGCUCAGUUCCCCGGUGCAGAAGGUUUGGAAGCCGGAAUUGUACAGGCUGCAGUUGGAGGCACCUGCUCCGUGUCCUUUGCGCUGCCAGCGAACUCUGCCCCUGCCGCCGGCGAAAAGUACGGCGGAGGCCGUGGAGGCCAACAACCUGGCGGGCCGGCUGUACGGCUCCGAGUACCACGGCCUAAUGGGCCACCUGGAGGCGGAGCAGCUGCUGGCCAACGCCCGCGACGGCAGCUACUUCGUCCGCCGGAGCCCCCAGUCCGACGGCUACUACACGCUGAGCCUCCGGUUCAACAAGCGCCCCAAGCAUUACAAGCUGCUCCAUAAGCACGGCGUGGGCCACUACCUGCGCGGCCAGGACAAACGCUUUGACACGGUCCACGACAUGGUCGCCGACGGGCUGAUCAACUUCCAUAUGCAGCUCCACGCCAGCCCGAUCAUCCAGCAGAUCAACCAGCAGACCAAGAACUGCUACCAGCAGAGUCCCUACAUGACGCUGAAUGGCCGGAAGCUGCGGGCGCUGUCCAACGAGCUGGACAAGGCUUUGGCGGCCAAGGAAUCCCCGCCAGCUGAGGAGGAGGAGCUGCAGCGGAAGCAGGAGCUGCCACCGCCUGCCGUGGAUCCCAUGCCGCUGGUGUACGAAAAACCGCAUCACUUCAAGGUGCACACGUUCAAGGGCCUCAACUGGUGCGAGUUCUGCGCCAACUUCCUGUGGGGAUUCACCGCCCAGGGCGUCAAGUGCGAAGCCUGCGGCUUUGUGGCGCACAGCAAGUGCUCCGAGCUGGUGCCGCCCAAGUGUGUGCCGGACUUGAAGCGCAUACGCGGCGUGUUCGGCACUGAUCUGACCACCAUGGUGCAGCUGGAGCCGCAACACCAGAUACCCUUUGUGGUGCGGCGCUGCGUGGAGGAGGUGGAGGCCAGGGGCAUGCUGCAGGAGGGCAUCUACCGGGUGUCCGGGUUCGCGGACGAGAUCGACGCCCUCAAGCUGGCUCUGGAUCGGGAGGGCGAGAAGACGGACAUGUCGGAGACGGCCUACGGGAAUGUGAAUGUGAUUGCCGGCACCCUGAAGCUCUACCUGCGCCUGCUCCCCGUGCCGCUGAUCACGUUCCAGGCUUAUCCCAGCUUCAUGGCAGCAGGACGCACUGGCAAGCAGACGGAACAGCGGCAGCUCAUGGCAGAGGCAGUACGUCGCCUGCCGCCCGCCCACCACAGCUGCCUGCAGUACAUGCUGGAGCACCUGAAGCGCGUGGCCUCCCACUACGCCGUGAACAAGAUGAACGAGCACAAUUUGGCCACCGUGUUUGCGCCCACGCUGAUUGCCACGCCCCAGCACAUGACGAACCUCACCGAGGAGAUUUUCAUGCUCUCCUCGCUCAUCACCCACUGCCAGAUGAUUUUCGCCACAUCCUGAAAACAGCCUUAAACCGAAACCGAACCCGAAGCCGAAGCCAAAACCUUAAGCACCAAUCAGAGGGGCACAGCCACACGGAUAGGCUCUCUCUCUUUCCAAACACAUAUAUCCUUAACUAAACACUUUGCCAAGCAUACAUCAUUACUCGUAACUCGAUAAUUCCACCAAAAAUUUAGCCUAAGAUCAAAUAUCUGCAUCGGUCGAUUCGACUCGAUGGUUUUAUAUCUCUUUUUAGUAGCCCAAAACACAAGGAAACUUACAGAAAUCCAGUAGAACACAUUGAAUGUUGUAGAAGUCGAACGUACGAAUUUAACGAUUUUUCGAAAUAUAUUUAGGCCAAGUAUUUUAUGUCACAAUAAAGAUAUUUAUUUUAUUUGUA